AGGCUCUCAGUGUCCCAUAAAUAAGGCAGUCGUGAUAGAACAACGUGAUGAUACUACGGUGACUCUUGUGGAGGGCUCUACUGGAGCUUACUUAGGCUAUUUGACUCUGAGAUUUAAUCCUGACAAAGCACCAUCGGCAGUACCACAUCAACAGCAUUAUGCUCUUCAGGUAUGCCUGUUGUACGUAAUCUCAGCAGUUUCCUGUCAAACGUCAUCUAAUCAUAUCUUUUCUGAUGUGACAGAAGAAGCUUCGCCGGUGAUUGAUCGCUGCCACAUUAAUUCGACAUCUUCCGUUGGAGCAGCUGUUUGUGUGAAACGCACUGCAGCUAAUCCCAAGGUACGACAUUGCACUAUAACGGAUUGUGAAAAUGUUGGAAUAUACAUUACGGAUGGUGCACAAGGCCAAUUCGAAGACUGUGAAAUUGCUAGAAAUUCGUUAGCUGGUGUAUGGGUAAAGAACCAGGCCAAUCCAUUUUUCAGGCGCUGCCAUAUUCACCAUGGGAAGGAUGUUGGCGUAUUCACUUUUGACUGUGUUUUCUCAAUUUUGAUACGUUCACCCGGAUCUUCUAGAUACGGAAUGGGCUAUUUUGAAAAGUGUAACAUCCAUUCGAACCGAAUUUCUGGGAUUGAAGUUAAGAACAAUGCGAAUCCUACUGUAGUACGUUGUGAGGUUCAUCACGGCCUCACUGGUGGCAUUUACAUUCAUGAAAAAGGUAAAGAAAACCUUGAAAGACGUGGACGAUUUAUGGAAAAUCGCAUCUACUCAAAUGCAUUUGCCGGCAUCUGGAUCACU